AACCCAUUGGCUUCAAUAAAAACCCAAACCCUAACCAUUAUUACUGUUUCAGUGUUAACACUCCUUAUCCACACACCAAUAAGCUAAAAUGGCUUCAGCAAACGCUCUCUCUUCAGCUUCCAUUCUUCGUUCUUCAAAGCACCAGAGUCUGAACAGAAAGGUGAACCACCAACACAGUGGGAGAGUUAAUUACCGGAACAACCGGUUCACGGUGAAAGCCGCUGCUAAAGAGAUUGCCUUUGACCAGAGUUCACGCGCCGCCAUUCAAGCUGGCAUUGAUAAGCUCGCUGAUGCUGUUGGGCUCACUCUGGGCCCAAGGGGGAGGAAUGUUGUGUUGGAUGAGUUUGGAAAUCCUAGAGUAGUUAAUGAUGGGGUUACGAUUGCUCGUGCUAUUGAACUUCCUGAUGCAAUGGAAAAUGCUGGGGCAGCUCUUAUUAGGGAGGUUGCAAGUAAAACCAAUGACUCUGCUGGUGAUGGAACAACAACUGCUUCUGUUCUUGCUCGAGAAAUAAUUAAGCUUGGACUUCUUAGUGUGACUUCUGGUGCUAAUCCUGUGUCAAUCAAAAGAGGGAUUGAUAAAGCUGUUCAGGGUUUGGUACAGGAGCUUGAGAAGAGGGCUAGGCCUGUUAAGGGUGGAGAGGAUAUCAAAGCUGUUGCUACUAUUUCUGCUGGAAAUGAUGAGUUUAUUGGAAAAAUGAUUGCUGAAGCAAUUGACAAGGUUGGACCUGAUGGUGUUUUAUCCAUUGAGUCUUCGUCCUCGUUUGAGACAACAGUUGAAGUUGAAGAAGGAAUGGAGAUUGACAGAGGGUACAUCUCCCCUCAAUUUGUUACGAACCCGGAGAAGUCGAUUGUUGAAUUUGAGAAUGCAAGAGUCUUGGUUACUGAUCAGAAGAUUUCAGCUAUAAAAGAUAUAAUUCCUCUGUUGGAGAAAACCACUCAAUUGAGAGCCCCCUUGCUUAUCAUUGCUGAGGAUAUCACUGGUGAGGCUUUGGCUACCCUUGUUGUGAAUAAGCUGCGUGGUAUCCUUAAUGUUGCUGCCAUCAAAGCUCCUGGAUUUGGUGAGCGGCGAAAGGCCCUCCUUCAAGACAUUGCUAUAUUGACAGGUGCUGAGUUCCAAGCGAGUGAUCUGGGACUCCUUGUUGAAAACACCUCAGUUGAGCAGCUUGGUUUGGCUCGGAAACUGACCAUCUCCAAGGAUUCUACCACUAUUAUUGCUGAUGCUGCAUCAAAGGAUGAAUUGCAAGCCAGGAUUGCCCAGUUGAAGAAAGAGUUGUCAGAGACAGACUCAGUUUAUGAUUCGGAGAAACUAGCUGAGAGGAUUGCUAAAUUGUCUGGUGGAGUUGCAGUUAUUAAGGUUGGUGCUGCUACAGAGACUGAACUUGAGGACCGUAAGCUCAGGAUUGAGGAUGCCAAGAAUGCAACUUUUGCUGCCAUUGAGGAAGGUAUUGUUCCUGGUGGAGGUACUGCAUUUGUUCAUCUCUCCGCUCAUGUCCCAGCAAUCAAGGACAAGCUUGAAGAUGCAGAUGAGAGGCUAGGAGCCGACAUUGUGCAAAGGGCACUUGUAGCACCUGCAUCAUUGAUUGCUCAAAAUGCUGGUGUAGAGGGUGAAGUUGUUGUGGAGAAAAUAAGGAAUGGUAAAUGGGAGGUCGGUUACAAUGCUAUGACAGACAAGUAUGAGAAUUUAGUGGAGGCUGGAGUCAUCGACCCUGCCAAGGUAACAAGGUGUGCUUUGCAGAAUGCUGCAUCAGUUGCUGGAAUGGUCUUGACCACGCAGGCCAUUGUGGUGGAAAAACCUAAGCCCAAGUCACCUGCGGCUGCUGCCCCACAAGGCCUUACUGUUUGAUUUUUAGGUUUCUUUGUUGUAGGGUUACGGCAAAGAACAUUUUUGUGUAGAAAAUUGAAAGAGCGAGUGUUCCAAUGUCUGUUAAAUCUUGAAAACAUAGUUUUAGAUUUGUUUGGAUUAACGGGAGGUGAUAAUCUUGGAUCCUAAUCCCUGUCUGUUUUAUGAUUUGAAUUAAAUAGUCUUUGGAUAUUUUUCCUCCA